GGAGUCAGAGAGAGCAGACACACUUUGGGUCAAACACCUAUGGAUUAUGGUUCUUGUGUGAAGAAAGUGAACUUACUUUAAGUGAUUUGUGACUUCACCUGUUUACACACCAGGAUUUAUUGUGGAUUUGUAGGUGCAGUGUGGACUGGGGUGAUGGUAUGGAGUUUACACACUUAAAGCAGGGAAGGAUUUGAGCUUCUCUUUAACACACAGACACCUGCACCAGCGUCACGCUGUAGCUGUAUUAGGACACAUCAAUGGCUCCUAAUAAACAGUCGUCCCGCGGCUGGGCCUCCAUCCUGUGUUGCUUUAAGAGAAGCGAGCAGCCUGAGAUCACCUACAGAGUCGGCCAUGACACCAACCUCACACUGCACACCAUGGAGCCCAGACUACCCAUCCCACCUGCAGAGGAGCUGGACGCCAUGUUCUCCGAGCUGGUGGAUGAACUGGACCUCACUGACACACACAGAGCGGCUAUGUUCGCUCUCCCUGCUGAGAAAAAAUGGCAGAUAUACUGCAGCAAGAAGAUGGAGCAGGAGGAGAAUAAAGGAGCUACGAGCUGGCCAGAUUAUUAUAUCGACCAGAUCAACUCCAUAUCUGCUAGGAAGACAGUUUUGGCUCUAGAGAAGGAGGAUGAAGAGGAGAGGAACAAAACUGUUGAGGGUUUGAAGACGGCAUUGAGGACACAACCCAUGAGCUUUGUGACCCGGUUCAUCGACCAGGACGGCCUGACGUGUCUGCUGAACUUCCUGAAGAACAUGGAGUACGAGACGAGCGAGUCUCAGAUCCACACCUCGCUGAUCGGCUGCAUCAAGGCUCUGAUGAACAACUCUCAGGGCCGUGCUCAUGUCCUGUCUCAUCCUGAGAGCAUCAACAUUAUCUCCCAGAGCCUCAACACAGAGAACAUCCGCACCAAAGUGGCCGUGCUGGAGAUCCUGGGUGCCGUGUGUCUCGUCCCUGGCGGCCACCGCAAAGUCCUGGAGGCCAUGCUGCACUACCAGAAAUACGCCAGCGAGAGGACGCGCUUCCAGACUCUAGUGAACGAGUUGGACAGGAGUACGGGUCGGUACAGAGACGAAGUGAACCUGAAGACGGCCGCCAUGUCCUUCAUUAACGCUGUACUCAGUCAGGGAGCUGGAGAGUCGAGUCUGGACUUCAGGAUUCACUUACGUUACGAGUUCCUCAUGCUGGGAAUCCAACCGGUCAUCGACAAACUGCGGAGUCACGAGAACGAGACUCUGGACCGGCAUCUGGAUUACUUUGAAAUGAAGAGAAAUGAAGACGAGUUGCAGUUGGCCAAGCGCUUUGAGACGGUACAUAUCGACACUAAGAGCGCCUCGCAGGUGUUUGAGCUCAUCCGUAAGAGGAUCAACCACACCGAGGUCUUUCCACACUUCCUGUCCAUCCUCCAGCACUGUCUCCACAUGCCCUAUAAGCGGAGCGGGAACACGCUGCACUACUGGCUCCUCCUCGACCGAAUCGUCCAGCAGAUCGUCCUACAGACUGAUAAAGGUCACGACCCCGACGUCGCUCCUCUGGAGAACUUCAACGUGAAGAACGUGGUGAAAAUGUUGGUGAAUGAGAAUGAGGUGAAACAGUGGAAAGAGCAGGUGGAGAAGAUGAGGAAAGAACACAACGAGCUGCAGCAGAAGCUGGAGAAGAAGGAGCGAGAAUGUGAAGUGAAGGCGCAGGAGAAGGAGGAGAUGAUGCAGACGCUCAGUAAGAUGAAGGAUAAACUGGAGAAGGAGAACAACGAGCACAAACUCACCAAACAGCAAGUGGCUUCACUCACAGCUCAGCUUCAUGAGCUCAGUACUAGGGCAGUCCUUCCUGGAGCUCCUUCUCACGUCCCUGAAACUCCAGGUGCUCCAUCUGCUGCUUUACCUGCAACACAGGGCCAAGUUGCUCCUCCUCCCCCUCCUCCUCCUGCUCCAGGUGGGAUUCCUCCUCCUCCACCUCCACCUCCGCCUGGAGCUCCUCCCCCACCUCUUGGACUUCUGUUUGGUUCUCCUGGAUCCGCUGUACAGAAGAAGAACAUUCCUCAACCUUCAAAUCCUCUGAAGUCCUUCAACUGGGCCAAACUUAAUGAGAACAAGCUCGAAGGAACUCUGUGGACGGAUCUGGAUGACCUCAGAGUUUUUAAAAUGCUGGACCUGGAGGACAUCGAGAGAAUGUUUUCAGCCUACCAGAGACAGCAGAAAGAGUCUGGUGAUGACGCAGCUGUCAAGAAAGUGAAGGAGCUGUCGGUCAUCGACGGACGUCGAGCACAAAACUGCAACAUCCUGCUUUCGCGGUUAAAGUUAAGCAAUGAUGAGAUAAAGAAGGCCAUAAUGACCAUGGAUGAGCAGGAGGACCUUCCCAAAGACAUGCUGGAGCAGUUGCUGAAGUUUGUCCCAGAGAAGAGCGACAUCGACCUUCUAGAGGAACACAAACACGAGUUGGACAGGAUGGCCAAAGCCGACCGCUUCCUCUAUGACAUGAGCAGGAUUAAUCACUAUCAGCAGAGACUGCAGUCGCUCUACUUCAAGAAGAAGUUUGCUGAAAGAGUCGCAGACAUCAAGCCAAAAAUAGAAGCUCUCAGUCAGGCGUCUACGGAAGUGCUGAAAAGCCAAAACCUGCGCCAGCUCUUUGAGGUCGUCCUCGCGCUCGGGAACUACAUGAACAAAGGUCAAAGGGGAAACGCUUACGGCUUCAGAGUGUCCUCGCUCAACAAGAUCGCUGACACCAAGUCCAGCAUCGACAAGAACAUCACUCUGCUGCAUUACCUGAUUAUGAUUCUGGAGCAGAAAUAUCCCAAGGUGUCAUUGUUCCAUGAGGACCUGCAGAAUGUCCCAGAGGCUGCUAAAAUAAACAUGACAGAGCUGGAGAAAGAUGUCAACAAUCUGCGCAGUGGCCUGAAGAGUGUGGAGGCGGAGCUGGAGUACCAGAAGAGUCGUCCCUCGGACUCAGGGGAUAAGUUCGUGUCUGUGGUCAGUCAGUUCAACACUGUGGCAGGAUUCAGCUUCUCUGAGGUAGAAGAUUCACUACAGGAAGCCAAAGAGACGUUUAAGAAGGUGGUGAAGGUGUUCGGUGAGGAUCCCAGCUCCAUGCAGCCUGAUGAUUUCUUCAGGAUUUUCGAUCAGUUCCUGCAGGCGUUCGCCGAAGCCAAACAGGACAACGAGAACAUGCGCAAACGCAAAGAGGAGGAGGAGCGCAGGGCUCAGAGGGAGGCUCAGCUGAAGGAGCAGCGUGAAAAGGAGCGUAAAGCCCGUAAAGCGAGGGAGAACUGCGAGGAGGACGGAGAGUUCGACGACCUCGUCUCUGCUCUCCGCUCCGGAGAAGUGUUUGACAAAGAUCUGAACAAAAUGAAGCGCAACCGCAAACGAGCGAACACUUACAACCUCGAGACGAGUCGAGAGAGAACGAUCACCAAACCCAGUCUUUGAGGAAUAUUAGCACCAAUGCUAAAUUUGAUGCACUACUUAUACACUAUUGUGGCCUGCUAGCUGAGCAACCAAAUAAGCCAUUCAUGAGAAAUGAUCCUAAACAGAAUAAACAUCUGUCAGGAGACGUGUAUGUUAGCGACAACGUUGCAAUGCAACUGGAUUAUUAGAGUUAUAACUGAUGUAUGGUGCAGUUAUAAAAAAAAAAAAAAACAUGCUCGCCGUGUGUAAAUGUGCCAUAUCAGCGAUAAAUUACGAACAAUUCUAGCAAUGUUAGAAAGAAAUGAUCAACAUUAUCUUAUAGAUCUUCUAGUAUGGCCCUGUAUCUCCAUCUGGUGGUGAAGUCCAGGUAUUACAUAUUUUGAUUCUCUUGAACUAAUUAAUAUUUUUUUUUUUCUUAUGGCGGGAAAAAAGCACACAAACUCAAAUCUCUUUUGGAAAUAUGGACUUACUCUGUUUAUAUGUGUGUGAAAAAAUGUCUUAUCUCUCAGAGUUUGGUGCACGUUCAGUUUAACAGACACAGAAUGGCGACCAAAUCCCACGCUGGUUCUUUAUUAAACACGAGUGAGUCAGUGUCUGUGUGUUUCCUGCUCUGACACACAUGAAUCAGCUCAGUCUCAUCAUCUCACACUUCACCGAGACCAAGCAGGUGUUUUAAAGUGUUUUCAUGUACAAAUGAAGGCUUGAAAUGAAUCCACAUUUUGUGAUUUUUUUAAGUGUUGUUAUGGAAUAAAGACUGUGUAGUAUUGUUGAUGAGGGAAAAAAACUUUAUGACUGGUUUCUCCCGAGCAUUCAGUGUAACUGCUCUAUUUACAGAUAACAAAGUAUAUGUUUACUUGAAUAUUGGUAAAUUGCUGUAAUAUAAAGGGAACAGUACGCUUUAGGAUGUGUCACUAUAUCAGAAUAACUCACACCUGCACAAUGAGGCUAAAGUGAGGAAGCUUAAAGCCACCAGUUUAACGUCGUACAUCGACGGGUUCGUUCUGAGAUUCUUAUAACAAGAAUAAAAUCUAAAAUAGAAAGGAAAGCGUUUACUUAUAAACGGUGCGUUUGUGUGAAUAAACUCUACACUUGUAUAUUGUGUGAAUAUCGCUGUAAUCUGUGUGUGUGUGUGUGUUCAUAUAUGUACACAUGUAAAUACUAUCUUAUUAAUAAUAAUAAUAAUAAUCUCUGUGGUGUUAAUGCUGUUGAAUGCUUUUUUUUCCCCUCCAGUUUGUGGGUUUUCUCAGCAUCUUUAUUUAAAACCUUAUAUAAAGGAAUGGAUUACAGACAAAGAACAAACGAAGGAAACAGAUCCGUCUGUGGGAUGGCCAAAGAGCUGGAACUGGAUUUUAGUUUUGAAUUAAACUGUCACACAGACAUCAGGCAUUUCAGCAGAAAUCUUUGAAAAUGACUGAAAUUAUUGCUUUUUUUUUUUUUUUAUAAAAUGUCAUUUGGGUUUGGAGUUUGUUUUCCUUUCUUGUUUCUGGCUUCAUCUAUUAAAUAAAGUUUCUGUACUUGGUUUUUAUAGCUCGUAGCUCUGGCAGAAAUCAGUGGGGUUUUUCGACAUCAGACAGAUUUCCUUUAACGUUUUGGACGAAUAAAAUAAGAGCGUGGAAGAUUAAUAAUAAA